AAAAAAUUUGAACUGAGGGCGGUUGAACGAGGAAUUAGUCGCGGCGGUUGUUGGGACAGCGCGGUGGCCGAGGUAGUUCUUUCAAUGUGGAUGCCACAGUUCAACAUUGUUGGAGACAGCAUUAUUUCUGGCAAAUGACAAUAACAGGACCUAUUUGUAUUCCUUUGCUUGGAAUUGAAAAGGAUGAAGAGAGGAGUAAUUGCUAAAAAGCAAAAGCAGAAUUUACCAGUUGCUUGUAGUAAACAAACUGAUAUAUCCACAUUGGCAACAAAUGUCAGCCAAAGUACCCAGGAACAAAAAGACCAUAAAGUGUCUUCCAAUGAAGAGACAGGCCACAGCCAUGAUCCUCUCGAAGAAGCAGUGAACUUUUUGAGGAAAAUUAAAGAUCGUACUUCCCUGAAGAAUGAAGUUUUGCAGAAGCACUUAUCUAGUGUGGAAAAGAUUGCCCAAGAAAGAGGCUUGACUCCAGAAGAAAUUGAUGCCUUGCUGAACAUAGCACUCAGUGGCAAGUUUGCUGAAGUGAUAAACACUCGACUGUUGAAGAACCUGAUUCCCAUUUCAGCAAUAACAGAGGAUUCAGUUGUUUCAGCUGUUUCAUGGCUUUGUGUUGGCAAAUGUUCUCGCAGUACUCAGGAUGAAAAACUGUGCCCCUUUGUCUGCCAUGUGCUGUGUUUGCUGACCAGAAGAGAGAAUGUGAAACAUUUCCGUGUGCGACGGCUCUUGGAUCUACGAGCCAAGAUGGGAUCAGAAGCUCCUUUGCAGGCUCUUCUAUUAAUGUAUAAGAGCUUUGCUCCAGCCAUGGUGACUCCAGAUUUGUUCCAAAGCACAAAGAUACGAUUUAAGAAUUCAGAAAACUUGUGGAAAACAGCAAUUAGUAACAUAAGACAACGCAUUUAUGGCAUUUCAUCUACAUCUCUGCCAGUUUUAGCAGGUUCUGUCCUUUUUCAACCCCCAAAGAAAAAAUGGAGUGCAAAGUUGACAAUGCCUAUGUGUAACACCAACUCUGCUUGCUCGGCUGAGAGCGCAAAGGCCAAAUGUCAUCCAGAGUUCUUCCCAGUACAGCAUCUGCAGACCUUCCCCCAGCUUUUGCAGAACAUCCAUUGUUUAGAGCUUCCUACCCAAAUAGGCUCAGUGUUAGGAAAUCGUCUGUUACUCCACUACAUUAACUGUGUCAGAGAUGAUGUUGUCUACCAGAGGAUGUACUUUUGGCUUGGUCAAACAUUCAGAGAAGAAUGCCCUUGGAUUAAGAUCGAAAACCAGCAAUGUGAACUGGAGUUCAAGGAUUUCUUGGGGAAAGUCUUGGAAGCUGAAUGUUUCUUGCAGGAGGGCUUCUCAUCUUGUGAAGAAUUUUUGUACAGGAGCCUACCAUUCUGGGAUGGUUGCUGCUGUAGGUCACAGGUCCUGCAGUUGAUCACUUGGAUCCCUCUCAGCACUUUCUCAGAAAUGAAGCCUUAUCUCUGCAAGCCAUUGACACAGCUGUUUUUCACCUCAUCUCUUUAUUUUAAGUGUAGUGUCCUUGAAAGCUUGAGGGAACUGUUACUGAACUGGCUGAAUUGGCACUUCUUGCAAGCAGACAUGACAACAGACUUAAAUGCAGAUGUCCUGGACACAACUCUUUCGGGCCUGGUUAGCUCUGUGGCAGAACUCAUCCAUUUUGUCGGCUGGCUUUCCACCCUUGCCCUGCACUUGGAGAACAACUCUGCCUUUUUAAUGCACUUCAUUCUGGAAUUCUAUGAAAUAGUAUGUGACACAUAUCAGAAGUAUAACCUCCCUUUGGUUGUAAUGCCUCCUGCUGGAGUUUUCUACCCAGCGCUGCUUAGCAUGGAUUCUGUCACAGUGGACCAUCUAUGCCACAUUAUGUUCAGGUAUCGAACCAAUUUGAUAGCUGCAAAACAAAAUCAACAAGCUAAAAAGACUUUGCUGCAGUUUAAGUUUAGCAACCAGACUUGCCAAGAAUACAACCAAUAUAUAACAAGCAUGGUGGGAUGCCUGUGGACCUCAAAUGUCUUCCAGAAAGACUUCCACCCUCAGGGGAUUUAUAUGGAGCCCGAAGUGCUGGAGAAGACCAUGGUGCAAGAAUACAGGAAGGCCUUGAAUAUAGUGUACCAUCCUGCCUUGACAGGGUAUGCUGUACUCUUCAUGCAGCAGGCACAAUCAGAAGACAAAAUCCCAGAUAUCAAACUAAUUCAGGGGAAGAGAUGGGACUGGUACUUGGAAUAUCUGUACUCCCAAGAGUUACAAGGCUUGAAACUCUUCAUUGAAAGUAGCAUCAAGCGUGUGUCUCAACCUUCUCAAACAAAACCAAACAACUGAAUGGGUAUUAAAGAUUGAUUCUUGUGAAUGGACUUCUCACCUCCCCUGUCAAAGCUAAAAUAUGGAUUCUAAUGGACUCCUGUUUCUGAGGAGAAGGAUCCUUUCAGUGCCUCAGUGCUGAUAACUCUUGGCGACAACAGUGGCAUGCAUAGAGAUUCUUGCCCAGCUGGUCUUUGUGACAUUAAACGUUUCAUCUUUGGAGAAAUGGUUCUUGGGCCUUGAGAGUACAAACUUGCUCUCAUGAAAGAAAUAGAGCUUGCCUCAUUGCUGUUGCUAAUUCUUUGCUUCAUUUUGGAAUUAAGCAACCUAAUUCAAUUCAUUAUUGGAAACAUUCAGGCAAAUUACAGCAGAAUUUCCCAGCAUUUGACCAUUCUUUGGGCAGAAAUUGUGAUACCAGUCUAGCCCAGCUAAAUGUCAUCUUUCAUUGAAAACCACAAAGCCCUUAUAAUGGAUUCAACAAUAGGUUAAUGCAGGUUUUUCCAGUGACUUGUAGAUAUGUAAA